GCCACCAGUCGUCGCGCAGCGAACACACAGGCAGGAGUAGUAGCAGUAGAAGUAGUUCUAAUGGUGAGAGAAAGUUCAACGGAAGACACCGCCGACGCAUCAUCCGUGCACGCCAUCGCUCAGAUAACGAUGCCAGCACGAGCGGCCGCGGGCCGCCGGCGCGGAAGAGCGAGGCCCUGGAGCCGCCGCGGCAAACACUCGUGUAA